CGACACUUACCAUUUUGACACGCCUCAGGUUUUUGUGACUGGACCCUUAGGACAGUUUUGAAACUUAACGGUGAAAUUUACUGACAAAGCAUUUCUACUUUCACUUAAACCACAACUAAUGCAAUCAGACGACUUUGACGACAUUCCAGAUCUUGUACCAGUCGUUGAGACAAGCACUGUGCCAAAGCCACCUAUUGAGCCAGCAUGCAAUAGCGAUGGCCAGAAAAAGAUACCAGUCACCAUUGUUACCGGUUUUUUGGGUAGUGGCAAGACCACGCUUCUCAAUUAUAUUCUCACGGAGAAGCAUGAAAAAAAAAUAGCUGUCAUAUUGAAUGAAUUUGGCGAAAGCAGCGACAUCGAAAAGGCGUUGUCCAUCAAUGAAGAAGGUGCACUAUAUGAAGAAUGGCUAGAAUUACGUAAUGGUUGUCUUUGCUGCUCAGUCAAAGACAAUGGCGUUAAAGCUAUCGAGAAUUUGAUGGAAAAGCGAGGCAAAUUCGACUAUGUGUUACUGGAAACGAGCGGAUUAGCCGAUCCAGGACCAAUUGCAUCUAUUUUCUGGAUGGACGAUGAUCUCGGCAGCGAUAUUUACUUGGAUGGUAUUGUUACGUUGGUGGAUGCAAAGUAUAUCUCUCAACAUAUCAAGGAUAAAAAAGAGGAUGGAGCCAUCAACGAAGCAACCAAACAAAUUGCCAUUGCAGAUCGAAUCAUUAUCAACAAAAAAGACCUGCUAUCAGAAAGUGAAAUGAGCGAGCUUGAAAACACUAUAAGUGGAAUCAACUCGGUUGCAACCCUAGUUCAAACAGAGCGAUCAAGAGUAUCAUUAGACUUUGUUUUAGAUAUUCAUGCUUACGAUAUAACCGACGUCAACGGUCUUGCUCUACAAUCCCAAAAGAUUAAUGAACACGCUAGUACGCACGUCCACCCUGAUAAGACGGUUGAAACCAUCUGCAUACAGCUGGAUCAGCCUAUCCGAGAUGUCGAUCUAUUGGAACGUUGGAUACAGACGCUCUUAUGGGAAAAAAUGGUUCCACGCACCGACAAGCAACAGCACCAGCAACAUGCAUCAUCCGAGGAAGAGCAAGUUACUGUGUUACGUCUCAAGGGCAUCAUCACACCUCAAGGAGGAAAAGAGCGCAUCAUCAUUCAAGGCGUGCAGGAUCUCUAUGAUAUGCAAGCCGCGGGUGGCAGUGACAGCACGGACGAUGAUGCUGGUAAACUAGUAUUUAUAGGACGCAACUUGGUUAAAGAGGACUUGGAGCAAUCCCUUAAAACAUGGUUAUCAUCUUCAUAGAUUGGCGCAGAUACUUUGUCUGAGCACAACACCUCUGUAAUAAACAAGUGGUUGCAUCUUGUGUGCCUGAAAUGAGGUGGUGUACUUGUAAUU